AUGCUGCGCCACUCGUCGUCGCUCCUCCGCCGGACGCUGAGCUCGUCGACGCACCGCCCCAAGAUCGCCGAGAGCAUCACGGACCUCAUUGGCAACACGCCGCUGCUCUACCUGAACAAGGUGACCAAGGGCUGCCACGCGCGCAUCGCCGUCAAGUGCGAGUUCAUGGAGCCGGCGAGCAGCGUCAAGGACCGUAUCGGUUUGAGCAUGAUCAAGGUCGCCGAAGAGGAAGGCAAGCUCAACAAGGACUCGAUCAUCGUCGAGCCCACGAGCGGCAACACGGGCAUCGGCCUCGCCAUGGCCUGCGCCGCCCGCGGCUACAAGCUCAAGAUUGUCAUGCCCGACUCCAUGUCGAUGGAGCGCCGCAUCUUGCUCAAGGCGUACGGCGCCGACCUCGUGCUUACGCCGGGCGCCCGGGGCAUGACGGGCGCGUGCCUCAAGGCCGAAGAGAUUGUACGCGAGACGCCAAACGCGAUUCUCCUCCAGCAGUUUAAGAACGCGGCCAACCCCAAGAUCCACUUUGAGACGACGGGCCCCGAGAUCUGGCGCGACACGGACGGCAAGAUCGACAUCUUUGUCGCCGGCGUCGGCACCGGUGGCACCAUCACGGGCACGGGCCAAGUACCUCAGCUCAAGAG